AUGAUACCCCGGAAUAUAUAUGAAGUGGCUUUGAGCAUGCCUUAUUUUACACCUGUAGAUGAUGCUAGUGAUGAUUACCUGAAUGAUGCAAAUAUCAUGCAAAAAUUCAAGAUCUGAAUUUUCAUCAAGGCAAAGCCAAUUACAAAUUUCCUAUGAUAUAACUACGUCGUCUCCAAGCGGCAAAACUGAGCCAGCUAAGUUUUUUAAUGCGCAAUUUUUGCUUAGUUAUUAUAGUUUGAUUGUUCUGUGCCUUUGUAACUCUUUAACAUAUUACUGCUAUUAUACACAGCGAAUUCUUGUCCUUUUGGUAGGAAUCACUUCUUUAAUUAUAUGCAUUUUAUUUAGCUUGGCUGUGAUUUUGAGAGAGCAGUAUUUUAAAAAAGAUAAAUUCACUUUAUGUACAGUGCUCUAUGCUAUUACAGGUCUUGGACUGAUUUUUUCCGACCCAAAUAUUUUCAAUUUGCUACUCAGCGUGGAAGAUGAGCCUACCUUUGCUUCAAGCUUACAAUCCUUAUCAGUUUUAGCGGUUAUUUCCAUCAAUAAAAUUAUAUGAAAUAAGCAAUUAUUUACACUUAUGAGUGUUUUCUUACUCCCCCCAUCCAUAAUCGAAAGGCUCGCCAUCGUUCGAUCAAGGGUUGAAAAGAGAUGUUUUUUGGGAAAAAAAAAUUUUAUUUAUAAAAUAAAAAAUAUAUUUUUUUUUUUAUGCAUUUUUAAAAUAAGUAUUUAAUAAUUAUUUUUACAUCAAAAAAUUGAAUUAAUUUCAUAAGAAUACCAAUUUUUAAUAUUUUGAUUUUUUGGCUACCCCUUUAAACUGUAUAAAUUUUAAUUUGUUUCUUAUUGAAUUAAAAAUUUAAAUUUUAAAUAAUCUCUAAUUUUUAGAUUAUUAAGUUUUUAAGCCCAGGCUGAUGACUAAAGCACUUCGGAUGAUUGAUUUCGUAGCUUUCUGUCGUCUCAAAGCCUCUGACAACAAUUUCAUUAGGCACAUCUCCCAAACUUUUGAUAACUUAUAUAUUUUUAUAUAUGUAUAAAUUUUAAUGAAAAUCGUUCGAUCAAGGAUGGGGGUUAAUUUCCCAAUUUUAGGAAUUUUUGCAGUCAAUCGCUCGAUCAAGGAUGGGGGGACUUAGGGUUAUUUUCUCUAAGCUUGAACUGUUAUAAUAGAGAUAAAAUUUUGCAAGAAAUAUUCCAAUUUUUUUUAUAUUUAAUAUUGAUACAAAAUAGUCAAAAUACAUUAGCAUCAAAUAAAGUUAUGAUAGAAGGACAAUAUGUUAUCCCUGAAGAAGAAGAAAAAUUAAGCCACCCAGAAGUUCCGCUUUCUGACAUUGAGGUCAAUUUCACACAGAAAGAUUCUGACGCUAAUACUGGGCUUGAAGAAGUGGUACACUAUAUUAAAACUGCAAUUGAAUGGAUGAAUUAUAUAAAAGAUUACCCUGAGGCUAGUUUUCGUGUUGGGAUUGAUCGCACUUCUCGCAUUUUGGAAAGAUGCUUACUCCCCCCUCCGUGAGCGAACAAGCCAUUAGAAAAUCCCUAUUUUUUGCCCAAAGCCCGCCCUCUGCGAGCAAACAAAAAUUUUUAUAAAAAAAUUGUUAUAUAAGUGAUAAUUAAUAUAAUGAAAUCUCUAGCUAAUUCUGUUUAAUUUUAAAACAAAUUGCGUUUUAAAUCAUAAAUUUUACAAAUUUAACUUUUGGGUUUUUUUAAAUUUUUAUAAAAUUUAUAUAUAAUUUUUUUUUCAAAAAAUAAUUAACCCUCUCCGGGAGCAUCCAAAUUUAGUUCGCUCACAGAAGGGGUGAAUUAGCAUUUUUAAGAAAAUGCGAUAAUAUUUAUUCUACAGAUUAUAAUAAAGUUACUAAACAUUUGGAAACCGAGGAUAAAAAUUAUAUUUCUCAGUAUUUUUACGGGGCAUCUGAAUCAAUCCCAGCAACUGAGCAAUCUGAUAAAAGGCUCAAAGAGAAAAGCAUCACUGCAUCUUUUGGUUUUGAUGAGACUGUAAAUGUUCUCAAUAGAAUUUGUAGAAAUUGAAAUUUCAGUGUGUUUAUGAUUGACGGUCUUAAUAACGAAGUUUUUCAAGUCUGUGGGAGAUAUGUAUUUUUAAAGUAUGGGUUGAUAAAAAGAUUUAAAAUUCAAGAAACUGUAUUAAGAGAUUUCUUAAUCGAAUUAGAAGGAAAAUAUCAAAAAAAUAAAUACCACAAUGCUCUUCAUGCUGCAGAUGUGAUGUUUUCGUUUCUAUGGUUAACAUUCAACUCUGCCUGAAAAGAUAAAAUUCGGUCUCCAGAGCUUCUUAUUGGGAUCCUUGUUACACUUUCUCAUGAUGUUGCACACCCAGGCCGAACCAAUCGAUAUUUAAUUCUAACUCCCCCUCCGUGAGCGAACAAAACCAUUAAAAAAAUCCCUAUUUUUUGCCCCAAAAACCCACCUCCGUGAGCGAACAAAAAUUUUUAAUAGAAAAAUUAUUUAUGGGAAAAAAUUUUGAUAUAUAAGUGAUAACUAUUAUCAUGAAAUCUCGAGCUAAUUCUGUUUAAUUUUAAACAAAUUGCGUUUUUAAAACAUAAAAACUUUACAAAUUAAAUUAAUAUUUAUCUUCCAGUUUUUGAGAAGUGGGAUUCUAAAAAAAAAUUCUAUAAAAUUUAUAUAUAAUUUUUUUUCAAAAAAAAAAAUAGCCCCCCUCCAUGAGUGAACAAGAUUUUUUUGUUCGCUCACGGAGGGGGGAGUAAGUAAGUAAAGAUGAGCUCGCUACCUUAUAUAAUGAUAUCAGCGUCUUGGAAAUGCACCACGCAUCUACUUUAUUUUCUAUACUGAAAAAGCCCAAGUUUAAUAUAUUGGAAAACAUAGAUAAUGACUCAUGGAUUUUUAUAAGAAGACAAAUUAUUGAACUGAUUUUGGCUACAGAUAUGGAAAAACAUUUUGAAAUUUUAGGAAAUUUUAAAGCAAAAUAUUUAAGUAUUGGAGAAAAGUUGGAAGAUAACGAUAUUGAUUAUAGAACCAGUUUUAUGAAAAUGGCUAUAAAGGCUGCAGAUGUCGGACAUGCCGCGAAGGAAACAGAUAUUCAUGUAAAAUGAUCAGAGCUGCUGAUGGAAGAAAUUAUUGAGAUAGAUAGACUAGAGAAGUCUCUAGGGAUAAAACAAACUUUGUCUACAGAAAUUUUGAUGACUGAUUUGCCACGAGAUCAGUCAAGAUUUCUAAAAAACAUUGUAAUUCCUUUGUAUAUUGCAUUUAAUGAGGUUCUUAAAUCUGAAGAAAUUGAAAAAAAGUGUAUUACCCAGUUUAGUUUUAAAUGAAAUCACUUUAUAUCCAGUCUCCCUGCUUGAAGUCCAACUUGAUUAACAGCUCUGAACAACGAUAGGUGGACCUUCCUAACCAUCAAAUCGUUAAUGUUAUCAAGUCAGCUAAGACUUCUCUGAUCAGUGCCAGACUCAGCACUGACCUUUACUUCACUCUAGACUCUCAGGAGGAUCGACCUCUUUCACUAAGUCUGUAGGCCCUACCUGCAGAGCAGGUGUCUAGAACCUAUCCCAUAACUGCCAUUUUAAUAUUGUGAUUACCCAGUUAAAUGACAAUGAGGAUUAUUGAAAAAGAAAGUUAAGAAAUCCAACUGUGUUUGUUCGAGCUGAAUCUUUUAAAAAUCCUACAAGACAUGCAAGUUUGCCUGAUCGAGUUCCAACGUCUGGGCAUUUAUCUUAA